ACUCGGGCAUGCUCGGGGUGCUGGUGCCGAGCCCACAGAGCGAAGCAGUGACCCAUGACCUGGAGGAAUUGUCUCUGCAGCCCACUCAGAACCUUCCACCCAUUAAAGAGCGCAAGAAUGUGUUCAGUGCUGUUGAGGGUUAACAGCUGCAGCUCUGUAGUCCCGCCUCUCCUGUCAGUCAGAGACGGAGCCGGAGCCGAAGCACUGCAGAGAGCGCUGACUCUCGUGGAGAACUACACCCCCACAAACACUCGCACAAGCAAUCUAGAGACAGAGCCGGUGAAGGAACUUGUCGGGAACGGUCUGGAAUCGAGCUAUACGCCGGGGAAUUUCCUGCCAGUUCUCGCCAUUUUGCCUCGGUCCUCAUUUCUCACAGCAAUCCAUGGGACUCCAGACACGGCAACUCUCCGAUCCGUCUCUCAGCUCCAUGGCCUGCCUUGAAGUGGAGACCUUGAAUGUCUGCAGGGAUUGAGAGAGAGGCCUGGAGCCACAUAAAGGUCAGUCAGGGUUCAGCAGAGAACAUCAGGAAUGACAUCAUCUCAACAAACACUGGGAUGACUGCAGGCAUGUCAUGUACCGGCAUAAUGAAGUGAAGAUGAUUAUGUGCUUCAGUUAAGACUCCAGCAGAGGCGCACACGCGAGCAGCUCGCAGACCAGGGCAUCAUGCCACCACUCAAAACACCUGGAGCUUUUCACGGGCAACUCAGAAGUCUGGAGAGGGCAAGGACGGAGAAUUUCCUCAAGCAUAAAAUCCGCAGCAGACCUAACCGCGCUGAACUUGUUCGUAUGCACAUUUUACAAGAAACCCAUGCAGAACCUUCUUUGCAAGCCACUCAGAUGAAACUAAAGAGGGCACGUUUAGCAGAUGAUCUCAAUGAGAAGAUUGCACAGAGGCCUGGACCAAUGGAACUGGUGGAGAAGAACAUUCUGCCUGUCGACAUUGUUGGAGAACUGGAUGUUUAUAACUUCAAUGAGGACAGCAGUGAAGCUCUGUCUCCAGAGCAGCCAGCUAGUCAUGAGUCUCAAGGCUCUGCAUGUUCUCCUGUAGAAGCCAGACUGCCUGAUCCAUCCUCUGUUUUGCCUCCGACUGGCUCCAAACUCCAGAGUUCAGACUUCCUGAACAGAACAUCAGCAGAAGAUGGUCGAGUAAAGACUGUCACUCAGCUAGUCACUGCUGCUACUCCCACAAAGCCUGGACCCACCCUUGUGAAGCAAAGCCAGCCCAAACAGUCCAGUGACAAGAGCCGAAGCAAGAAGAGUAAAGAACCCAAACCACGAAUUAAGAAGCUCAAGUAUCACCAGUACAUCCCGCCCGACCAGAAGCAGGAACCUAAUGAAGCCCCGAUGGACUCAGCAUAUGCCCGGUUGCUUCAACAACAGCAGCAGUUCCUGCAGCUCCAGAUCCUCAGCCAACAGCAACAGCAUUACAAUUACCAGACCAUAUUACCAGCACCACUCAAGCCAGUAGCUGAGAGUCAGAGCAGCUGCCCCAACAUCACCCUGAGCACCAGCCCUAGUCUUCCGGCUCCCAUUGUGGUAUCUCUGCUCAAUGCAGCUCCUUCACGUCCCAACAACACUGUGACCGGUCGUAAAACCGUGUCUCUGCCUACCAAGCUAGAUGAGAUGAAGGUGGCUGAGCUUAAGAUGGAGUUGAAAUUGCGUGGACUUCCUGUGUCCGGCACAAAGACAGAUCUCAUAGAAAGGCUUAAGGCCCACCAGGAGAGCUCUCAAUCUGCUACAACCAUGGAUACAAAAGCUCCUCUACUGCCUGACAUCAUGAGCACAACUCCCCCCAUUUCUCCUGAGCAGUCAGAAGCCUCCAACCUCAGUAUGGAGGACUGCAGAGACAGUCCCACCAAAGCUCUAUGCAUGUUGUCUCCAGCCCAUCCACCAGCAGGCACUUCACCCCUCAAACCCACAGCUGAAGACAUGACCAUGGACAUCAAGGUGUCCGAAAAAGACCAGCGUCUUCACGAAAAGGAGCGUCAGAUUGAGGAACUCAUGCGUAAGCUGGAGCAGGAGCAGCGGCUGGUGGAGGAGCUGAAGAUGCAGCUGGAGGUGGAGAAAAGGAGUCAGCAGGGUGGAGGGCAGCAGCCUGAACCCAAUCCAUCAGUCCAGGUCAAAGAGGAGAACGGUGCCGCCCAGAGCUGCAACUCCAAGCAGAGUCCCCUGCCACAAACUACAGUUGUGAAACAGGAAGAGCCACAUGCCCAGCUGCACCACGCCCCAAUCCAGCAGUUCUAUAUCAACACCCAGCAAGUCCCUCAAUUACUGCAUCAGAAGACACUGAAGAAGACACUGAUCAACACUCAGCCUGCCACACAAAUCCUGCUGCCUAUCAGCCUGCCCAACAACCCCAUCAGCACACAGGCGCAGACCAUUCUCCAACCAACAUUGCCUAGCAUCAUACAAACACCACUUCUGCAAACACAUACGUCCAACAACACAAUGUUACAACAGCAUUCAAGUCAGACUCCAUCUCCACCUCAAGCUUUACCCAUGUGUGGAAGCUCGUCUUCUGGGUUUGAGUACAGGCAGAACCAGAACCAGCCCAUGGCAGACAUGCCCCAGUGCUUUCUCAGCAGCUCACCCAGACACACAAAUGGACCCAUUAACAAACCUCCCUCGCCCUGUCAGCUCAACUAUAUCUUUCAGCCAUCGACGUUCCCUAAUCACCAUAGCCCAAAGAGCAAAGACCCUCCCCGUUACGAGGAGGCCGUCAAACAGACCAGAGGUCUACAAGCCACAAUGCAGGUUCCCACUGCUACCAGUCAGCACAUGGACGAUUUGUUUGAUGUUUUGAUCGAGAGUGGAGAAAUCUCCCCUCUGUCUAGGCAGGAUCCCUCUCUGGACAAACUUCUUCCGGUGACAGCAAACAUCACCACCCUGCCCUUUUUGAUUUUGCUGUAUUGUCCUCUCUGUCUGGUAAGUGUCGCCCGCACACCCAACCAAACCCAAGCACCUCCAUCCAGCCUGGUGGCUCUGGCCUCCGAUAACCAGUUGGAGGCCCUGCUGGAGGACGCUGAGCCACGGACCCUGAGACUGAUGGAGGAGCUUAAAAACCAGCUGCUGGAGCGGCCCCACUCCCCAAUGGACACUUCAGAUCUGACCUUCACCGACACGCCGCCUUCCGCCCUCCCUCUACAUGAUGCAGGCCUCGACAACAUGGAAUGGUUGGACCUUACGAAUCCAGGACGUGCUGGUAUCUGCUCACCGACUGCAGUCUUUUCAUCUGAUUUCUUGGACUCCACUGAUUUACAGUUACACUGGGACUGAGCUCACAAAUGGAUAGAGAUUGGAGACAUUCUGAAAAGAUCUGCGGUGACACUUAUAGAGCUCAGUGUUUCAGAACUCUUGGGUUCUGAGGAUCUGUGUGCAAACCACUCAUAGUGUAGCAUCAUCUUUUCUCACUUGUGCCUAUACGUGCAGGUUUGUGUACUGUUACUGUCGCCAACAGCUCUUUCAAGGCAGAAGAAGAAUGUAGAGACACUUUUUUUUAACCUGUAUAUUUAGGCAGUCCAUUUGUCCAUAAAAAUCAUUAGGGUCCAAACUUUCAAGCUCCAAACAGGACAUACAGGUAGCAUGAUCUAAUUAAUCCAUAUGACUUGACUGGUAAAUUCUUUAUUUACACCAAAACAUCCAAACACUUUCAAAUACUUUAAAUUUGGCUUCAAGAACCAUAAAGUUGGCAUGAAAUUAAAACCACAUUCAUCUAGGUGAGCAUGUAAUUUAAAAAAAAAAAGACCUGUUAAUGUUUUUUUUUUCAGCAGAAACCCAUACAUUUAUUCUUUCACAAUACAAUGUACGUGUACGUCACAAUACAAACAUUUCAUCACAACUCUAAAUGUCAAACCUCACUGAAUCUUGCACAUCACGUGACCAAUCAGCAUAAAAGCUUAAAAUCAGUACAUCAUACAAAAUGAUUAUUAUGGAUUCAUUAUAUGCUACUUCUAUAUCUGUUCUGAAGCUUGAAAGUGUUGGACCCCAAAAACAGCUGAAAACUCCUUCAAAAUACCUUCUUUUGUGUUCUGUUGAAGAAAAAAAACAAGUUUGGAACAGCAUGGAAGGUGAGUAAAUAUUGACACAGGUUGGAAAUUUCAGACAUUUGUGAUGGAAACAUUGUGCCAUGGUAAUUGUUACAAAUGUGAUGUCAUCUUCAUUGAAGGAAUCUGUUUAAUGGCUUAUUUACAUUCACUACCACCUGCCAUGGUCAAUGAGCUGUUAACCAUUGCAUUAGGAUACUUGAAAUUGUGGCAGCUAAAUAAUAGCAUUCAAUUUCUAAACACAUGAAAUCAUCCAGUGCAUGGACUGGGAAAAGGCCCAACCAAAGAGUUUGUUUACCAAUCCCAGCAUGAGGCCAAAGAGAGGGAGGGAGAGAGGCACACAAAUGCCUGACUAGGGGCCAUUAUUAUCCCUAUCAAAAGAGUAGAGCUAGAGAUAUUCAGCUCUUGCAUUCUGAACUGCCACUGUUGCGUGUCUUGACCAGACAGACAACACUAAACAGGACCAGUGAAAUUUCCAUAUUCAGAUGAGGCGAUCAGAAUUACAUCAGAGAGCAGCUGUGACUCUUUACUGCAGCACAGUAGAUGUUUGUUUUGGAUGUAGAUAAACUGCUGAGGCCCAGAUUCACCAUAUUUCACAAAAUUUGAGCUUCUUCGUAACCACUGAAAUACAGGUAGCUGGCAGGUAAUUUGCCUUUGUUAAUGUACCUAAACCUCAUAUUCUCAGUUAUUAUUAAGAAUGGAUUUCUUUUCAGACAAAUUGUCUUUUAGAUUAUUUUUCUAUAAAAUGUGACAAUGUAGCGACAUCUGCUGGAACAGACAGCUGAAUGAAUUUCUUAUCACCACUCCCUUCACUAUGAAAUGUUUUCAUUCAGUGUUUGGCAGAUGAAACGGCAGAUUUCUCUUUAGACACUUUGUGAAAAUAUGCCAAACAUGCCAAAUAGUGCACUUACUUGACCUUGGACUGAACUCAUUGACAAUCAGUUCCUUAUCCAAACAUGUUGUCAAAAAGAAUGUAUUUCUAUAUUUAGAAAUGUAAUUUCUAAAGGGAUAUCAUAGUUCUGUCUCUAUAAGAGACCUAAAGCUUUUACUUUUCUAAACAUACCAUUUUUCUGCAUUUAUGCAGUUCUCACAUAUAUUUUUAUCACACAUUUUAUGUCUCUAUAUAUAUUUUUUAGUGUGAAAAAAGACCUGCGGUGGAGUAAAAUCCUUUUGUAAGACAUGUAUAACUUUAAAGAUUAUUAGGAGUUCUGUACCUUUUUUUCAACAUGCCUAUCAAAGUAAUUGCUCUGUUAUGAAGAGGUAAAGAAGAGAAAUAGUAUGCCUCAUAUUUUGCACAGUGUAUAUAUUUUUACAAAAUACAUUUUAUGCAAAUGUAUUUGUGCAACUGUAAAUAAUGUUUUGAGGUUAUCUUUGUACAUAUCUUUAUUGUAUAUACAGCCUUUUAUCAUUAAAAUGUUUCUGUUUUUGAAAACA